AUGUCCCAAAACCCCGGUCGCGUUCUCCUUGCGUAUUCAGGCGGUCUCGAUACCUCCUGUAUCCUUGCUUGGUUGAUUGAGCAAGGAUAUGAAGUCUAUGCUUUCAUGGCCGACGUCGGACAAGAAGAGGACUUCGAAGCCGCAGAAAAGAAAGCCCUUAAAGUUGGCGCCAAGAAGUUUAUCCUUGAAGAUCUCAAACGUGAAUUCGUUACAGAGCUGAUCUAUCCUGCUGUACAGGCUAAUUGCAUAUAUGAAAAUGUCUACUUGUUGGGCACAUCGCUGGCACGCCCAGUCAUUGCUCGCGGAAUGAUCGAGGCCGCAGACCGGGAAGGUUGCGACUACGUGUCCCAUGGAUGCACAGGCAAGGGAAACGAUCAAGUUCGCUUCGAGCUUGCUUUCUACGGGUUGAAGCCAGACAUUAAGGUCGUCGCUCCAUGGCGAAUCCCAGAAUUCUACAAUCGCUUUGCUGGCCGUCAGGCUCUCUUGGCCUUUGCAGCCGAGAAGUCUAUCCCAGUCACCCAAACUACCGCCAAGCCAUGGUCGACCGAUGAGAAUCUUUUCCACAUCUCAUACGAAGCUGGUAUCCUUGAAGACCCCAAUACCACUCCUCCGGCUGAUAUGUGGAAGCUUACCACAGCCCCUGAGGAUGCGCCGACCAACCCCGAACGCAUCACUGUCGAAUUCAAGACCGGGCUUCCCGUAAAGGUCGUGGCAGGCGACAAAACAUACACCGAUCCGGUGGAAAUCUUCCUUGCACUCAACGCUCUGGGCCGCAAGCACGGUAUCGGACGAAUUGACAUCGUUGAGAACCGAUUUAUCGGCGUAAAAUCCCGAGGAUGCUACGAGUCUCCCGGCGCUACUAUCCUCCGCGCAGCUCACAUCGAUUUGGAGGGUCUUACCCUUGAUCGUAAUGUCCGCGCGUUACGAGACCAGUUCGUUACCAUCGAGCUCGGCAGAAUUCUGUACAAUGGACAUUUUUUCACGCCUGAACGCGAAUUCGUCUGCGCAGCGAUUCCAGCCAGCCAAAGGACCGUCAAUGGAUUGGUCCGUUUGAAACUGUACAAGGGUAACGUUGUGAUCGAAGGGCGCGAGAGUUCCGAGGGUCUCUACGAUGAGCACGAAUCAUCGAUGGACGAGCUCGGUGGCUUCGAGCCCACUGAUACCUCGGGCUUCAUUCAAAUUGAAUCCAUUAGGAUUAAAAAAUGGGCGCAAGCCAACCUCCGAAAAGGCCAGGGAGGCGUGGAAGCAAAGGAUGUCUACGGGUCUCGUGUUUAA